UUAAUAUAAUGAUGUUUGGUUUUCCAUUUCUUGGAAAAGCAAAUCAAUAAAAAUUGGAAAGAAAGGAAAAAGAAAAGGAAAUUUCAUUCUCAUUUCUUCCCUAGAUAGAAUAAAUUGCCAAGCAGAUACACAAGGCCUGAUGGCUCUUCUCUAUAGUUAGUAACGCCUCUGCCUUUUUCUCUUUCUAUGACAUUCAUGCAUUAGCAAAAUCGUCACCUGUUUUCGUAUUUAAAUACCAUCAAUCCCCUCCUACAAUCUCUUCAUUCCCAGUAUUCUCUCCUCUUUCUCCUCUGCUUUGCCUCUGCUUUCCUUACUCUUUUCACAUCUAUUUGUCUGUGCACAAACAACCAUGGUUGUCCUGUCACAACCUGCAGCAUUAGACCAUUGCUCUUUGAUCAAAACAUGCAAGCCUACCAGUGUUUUCACAGGAAUUCCAGUGAUAGACCUGAGAGACCCUGAAGCUAAGACCCUCAUAGUUAAGGCCUGUGAGGAGUAUGGCUUCUUCAAGCUGAUCAAUCAUGGUGUUCCAAUGGAAUUCAUGACCAGAUUGGAAGCUGAAGCUCUUAGGUUCUUUAAUCUCCCCCAGUCUGAGAAAGACAAAGCUGGUCCUCCUGACCCUUUUGGCUAUGGCAGCAAGAGAAUUGGACAGAAUGGUGAUGUGGGAUGGAUUGAAUAUCUCCUUCUCAAUACCAAUCCUCAAGUCACCUCCCUCAAAACUCUUAUCGUUUUCAGGGAAAACCCUGAAAUUUUCCGCUCUGCUGUGAAUGACUAUAUCCUGGCAGUGAAGAGAAUGGCAUUCGAAGUACUGGAACUGAUGGCUGAUGGUCUGAAAAUUAAGCCAAGGAAUGUGUUGAGUAGUAUGUUAAGAGAUGAGAAGAGUGACUCAUGUUUCAGGCUAAACCACUAUCCACCUUGCCAAGAGCUACAGGCAUUGAGUGGUAGAAAUUUGAUUGGGUUUGGGGAGCAUACAGACCCGCAGAUAAUUUCUGUCCUAAGAUCCAACAACACAUCAGGCCUGCAAAUCUCUCUGAGAGAUGGGACUUGGGUUUCAGUUCCCCCUGAUCAGACCUCCUUUUUUAUCAAUGUUGGUGAUGCCUUGCAGGUAAUGACUAAUGGGAGGCUAAGAAGUGUGAGGCAUAGGGUGAUGGCCGACUCGCUGAAAUCAAGAGUUUCAAUGAUCUAUUUUGGAGGGCCACCUUUGAAUGAAAAGAUAGCGCCUUUACCUUCACUAGUGGAAAAAAGAGAAGAGAGCUUGUACAAGGAGUUCACAUGGUGGGAAUACAAGACGUCUGCUUACAAGUCAAGGUUGGCUGAUUAUAGGCUUGGGCUGUUCGAGAAAACUGCUAGUGCAGGCCAAUGAUGUUGUCAAAAUUCCCCAUUUUAGCUAGAACUUAGAGUUUUGCUAUUGAUAAAAGAAAAAGAUUAUAUACACUCAUAUAAUAUAUUUAUUUUACACACUCACAUAAUAUAUAAAUUUUCAAAUUUCUAAUAUAAUUUUAUAAAAAUUUUAGUACUUUUACCUAAAUCUUUAAAAUAAAACCAUCCGAGUGUGUGAAAUUAAUAUAUAAAAUGAGUAUACGUAGCACUAUAUCUUAAAAACAUGGUGCCAAAAUGUUGACUCUGGUUGUCAUGGAUGGAAAGCACAUAGGUUGUUCUUUUACUUUCCUCUAUUCAUACUCGUUUAAAUAGAACCCCCUCUACCAUCAAUGCAAGUUUAUCAUCAUGUCAUCAUGUGUACUAAUUAGAAGCUAUGUGAAAGUCCAUAUGUGACCCUUAAUGUUAUAUUCAUGUUACAAUUUGGGUUUCCUUGAUUUUAGAGCAAAGUUUUCUUUUUCUUUUUUUUCUUUUUUUCUGGGAUAUAAACCAUCUAAUUUAAUGCUAUUAGAUUAUCUA